AAGAAAACAUGGAAAAUGCUCCCCUUUCUUAAAUGAAAUAGAAACGAGAAAUGUUUUCACGAAUUUCAAUCAUUUUGCGAUUUUUUAGUAUCCGGAUGGACACCAUUCUUCAAAUUCAACGUGUUUCAAUCUUCAAUCCUGCUCCACGUAAGUGUACGCACGCAAAAUCAACCAAGACGUGCUCUCAGCUGCGCAAAUUGCGUGCGUUUGGACCUUCCUAACAGUUAUAUAAGUCAACGUAGGAUGUCGCCUGCCGCAGUCCCAAUAUGAAGCGUCUUCUAGCAGUUCUCGCCGCGAUCCUGACCUUGCACAGCGACGUAGCCUCGAGUGAAUCCGGAUAUCACGAGGCCGUGUUCAAGAGUGUCCGUCGAGCGGAUCGCGAGUGCAGUAUAUUCCUGAGGGAUGGGACAUGUGGCAAAGAUGAUUGUUCUGUGCGGUGUCGUGGACUGGUUACGAGAUUUUGGAAUGACUCUGUAGGAGUUCCAGCGGUUACCAUCGAUCGGUUCUACAAGCCUGCGCAUGACGAUUAUGAGUAUUAUGAUUUGACGGAGCAGUGCGUGGGCGAGGUAGUUGCAGCAGUUCCGUGUACGGAUGUAUGCGGCCGAGCUGAAUCCACUGUCCAAUGCUACAACGAUCAGUAUGGAAAGCUGGACAAGAAGAAGCCCAAGUUUGUUCCGUUUACUAAACUUCAGCACCGUCGGAUACUUCGUGAAUGCGCAGCGAUGCUGGGGAUCUCCCGGGAGAGAUUGUACUUGUUCCGGAAGAAUGGCGUCGAGUACUAUCAGGACGCAAAGUGUCUGCUGAGGUGUUUCAUGCUUCGUGAAGGAUUGUACACCGAUGAGGAUGGUCCACACUUCAAGCGGAUGUCGCUGCAGUGUGAGGGCAACUACAACGAUGGAGCGUACCGCAGCAAGGCCAAGAGCUGCAUCUCAAAUCUGCAGAAUCAAUAUCUGGACCGCUGCAGUCUGGCGUACCGGAUAGCUGACGAGUGCGUCAAUGGGGAGGUUGCCGUGAAGAACAUCUUUGUCGGAGCAGUGGUUCAGCUGUCGCCGCCCGACUUGACUGACUUGCUGCCUGGACUGCCAACUUUACCGCCGAUUAAGCUUCCAACACUACCUACCUUUACACUGUUCCCCGCGCAACCCACGACAGCUCGUCCAGCGAUAACGCUGUUCCCGCCAUUAUUUCCUACAACCACCGCUGCGCCUCAAACACCCACGACGUCCCGUCCAGCGAUAACGCUGUUCCCGCCACUGUUUCCAACUCAACCCACAACCACCACUACGCCACAAUCACUGAUCCCACAACAGUCAACACUGUUUCCGCCGCUGCCAACGCUGUUUCCUCCGACUUCGGUGCCGCCCACAGGCUCUUUUACCCUGUUGCCACCCCUUCCCACGUUGUUCCCACCAGUUGGAAGAUAGCUUUAGGUCAUAGCUUGUAAACAAACUUUUAGGUGACGGCAAAUAA